AUGAGUAAGGGUGUGGUCACAAAAAGUCCGCACCCACAGAUUAUGAUGCGUAUCCGGAGACAGAAUAUGACCCGAUGCCAGAAUAGGAAAGCUUCCAGGAUGACGUCAUUGCAUGUUCAGCUGAUCUUGCUGUGUCUGCUUUGGCACAGGACUACGGCCACCAUCCAGGAGUCGGCGGCUGCAGGAGACACAGCUCAAGUGCAGACCUUUUUGGACAACGGAGUCAGCGUCGAUGAUUUAUCUCAGGGCAAGACUGCGCUGACAGAAGCGGUGGAGAACGACCAGUACGCUAUGGUUGAGUUCCUGCUCGAUGCAGGCGCCGACAUCGACCUUGCGAGAAACAAUGGCCGAACUCCACUCAUGCUGGCUGUCAUAGGUGGCUUCUACGACAUUGCCGUGCUCUUGAUAGAAAGAGGUGCCGAUCUGGAGGUGGAGGCUGCCGGUCAAACAGCUUAUAGUUUCGCAGUGACAAACGGUUUGACGAAUAUUGCUUGUUACCUGCAAGAAAAUGGAGCAUCUACAGCUGGUGUAGCCGAUGGAGCUAUAAGCGGAACGUGCGCCUUUGGUGAAACUGAAUAUAGUAUUGGGGAUAACUGGUGCGAAAACGGAACUGCUGUGACCUGUGCGGGGACCUGCAACACACAGCCCUCGGGCCUGUCCUGCGAUGCGACUAGCACAGUACCAAGCACUGUUAUGACUUCAACAGCUGGAGCCACAACCACAGUGGCAGCAACAACAACAAUGGCAGCAAAAACAUCUAUGGCAACAAGCACACCUAUGGCAGCAAGCACACCUAUGGCAACAGGCACACCCAUGGCAAUAAGCACACUUACACCGCCAGCCACGGUUACCAAGAUCACGACCGAGUUUCAGCCUUCUCUCUCCAGUAAGCCUGAGAAAUGCCCCCAAAGUCCUGAAUUUUGGUAUUGGUCGAGGAGACCUCUAGGCCCAAGAAUCAAACACCUUCUUGAGGUUGAUUCUUUAGCACUUCAGCAGGGAUAUCACCAGUGUCUGAACCCUACACACCAAAGAAGGAUGCAAGUUCUGAUUGCCAUUCGACCAAGCUAUGCAAAAUGCCUCAGUGGCCUCCAAUGUCUCCAAAAGAAAUUCUGCCUUGCCCUCGGCGAUUCCCACAGAGCAACUGGGUUCAUUAGGUUCAUCGGCUCGUCCUUCCAUAAGGACCGGAUGUUCCAAGUGUCUGCCCGGAUAGCCCGCCUGAGGUUAAGCCUCGGACGGUCGCUCUCGGGCGGUCGCUCCGGCUGCCCCGAAUAA